CCAGUUUCCAGCAAUUACCUUUGUUUAUGGCUACUGAGGACGAAAAUUCUAUACAGGAGAGAUAUGGUGAAUACCGUAACAGCAAAACUGCGCUGGUGUUAGGUGUAAGAAUGCCUCCUUUCUACGUUAAAGGAUUUAAAGAUUUCAUAGAGAAUUUUCAAACCAGACACGAUGAUGUCUUUAUCGUCGGUUUCCCAAGAUCAGGGACGACGUGGCUUCAAGAGGUCACUUGGCAGAUCUGCAAUGAUGGAGAAGUUAGCCAAGUACCAAUUGGUCACCGAGUUCAAUUCUUUGACGAGGCGAAAUUUCCACAUACUACCCAACCAGACAUCACCACUCGACCCAGUCCACGCCUCAUAAAGACUCACCAGCCAUUUCCAACAAUUCCCAAAGGAACAUGCAAGGAAUCAAGAUGUAAAUACAUCUAUGUUGCGAGGAAUCCUCUCGAUGCCGUUGUUUCCUUUUAUAAUUUUGAGAGCAAAAUGGCGCCUAUGACGGACUAUUCAGGGCCAUUUGAGUUCUUUGCAGACAUGUUUAUCAAGGGUCAAGUUUAUUGGGGAUCUUGGGCCGAGCAUGUCCUGGGAUGGUGGAGACACAGAGAUGACGAAAACGUUUUGUUUCUCAAAUACGAAGACAUGAAGAAGGACUUACCAUCUCAAAUACGCCUAUUAACUAAGUUUCUGGGCAAGUCCUUAACAGAGGGCAUGAUCGACCGCAUAGCUCAACAGUGCACCUUUGACGCCAUGAAAAAUAAUUCAUCGGCUUACUGGAUGAUGACUCGUGAUGGCGAACUACCCAACUUCCUCAGGAAAGGUCAGAUUGGAGGCUGGAAAGAUUACUUCACUCCUCAGUUGAUCCAGAGGUUUGAAAAAGAAGUGCUGAGCAGACUGGAUGGUUCUGGGCUCCAAUUCGAUCUUGGUCAAUGAUUUAUCAAUCUCAUUUUUUUUUUUCAAAACAUUGUAUUCAGUUUACUCAGUUCGGCGCGUGUAAAGGAGUUAAUUUUUAUUAUUUUAUUUCUUCCAUUCUUGUUUUAGAUAUACAAUUAACUGUAAUUUUUCACUAUGUGAGUGUUUUUUUCUACGUAGAGCACAGGCGGCCCAAGCUCCAGCUCUGAGAUGAUCAUCUAGCGCGGUAACAAUCAUGGCAGAAUUAUAAGAGUUUGUGUGGGAAUAUUUACGACCGCUCUAAGGAAUAAAAAAAUACGUCAAAUUCUCAA